AUGUUACCUCGGAGUAGGCAAAGAGAUGCAUUCGGCCAUUUCCUUUGUUUGGUUGUUAGCUUCACUGUACAGUUUCGCACAAAGGACAGUGUAACGUCUCUCGCUAUGAAGUCGCCAAGGAGUCAGGAUUUUAAAACUUGUAGACUUACAGCUGAAGAAAAAGAAAAGUUCCUCGACGAAAAUAACAAAUUUCGCGGAAUGGUGCAACCAACUGCGGCCGAUAUGGAGUUUUUGGUGUGGGACGAUAAUCUUGCAAAUAUGGCUCAAAUGUGGGCAGACAAGUGCAUCUGGGACCACGGAUUUGUGAUGUUUGGAAGCCAAUAUCCAUACAGCGUGCCUUUCAAGGGACAAAUAGGUCAAAAUCUUGCUAGGGAGUAUGGGGAGCUUUCAAACCCAGUGGACCGCGUGGUGAGAUGGUACAAUGAACAUAAAUACUGGAUAUUUGGCAAGUACACAAGCCCGAUGGGAGCUUCUUGUAGAAAGACACCUUGUGGACAUUACACACAGCUGGCAUGGGCUCAAGCGAAGCAUCUUGGAUGCGCAGUUAACUUCUGUUCGAGCUUUAACGACGGCGUCGAGGGAACAAUGGUGGCCUGUGACUAUACAACGGGUAACAUUGGAGGUCAAUACCCAUACAUGGCUGGUACCCCCUGCACCAAAUGCGCAUCUGGUAAAGGAUGGUGCUACAAAAAUCUGUGUCGAAAUUGCACUGACUUCGACAAAGAUUGCGGAGGUACUUCUUUGACGGCAGCGAUGUGUUCUUCACACCCAGAAUUAAUGGAGAAGAAGUGUCCUAAACUAUGCAAUAUGUGCAAGUGUCCUUUAAAAUGUCAAAACGGAGGUACAUUAAACGAACAGGACUGCGUUUGUUCUUGCGCUUCUGGCUGGAGGGGUAUGGACUGUUCAGACAAGGCAUGCGAACCUGGCUAUUAUGGAGAAAACUGUGAAAAUCGUUGUUACGACAAGGCUGGGACGGAAACCUGCCAAUACCGUGUGAAAGCUGGUUUUGAUUGUAAAGAGAAAUUCAUGGAAAUAGAUUGUGCUUUGACCUGCGGAUAUUGCGUCCCUGCAGGUGGCCAAGUUACCACAACAGCAGCUCCUGUCACAGCAAUGCCAACAACACCUCAACCCGGAGUAAUUACCUCAAAACCAGUAGUUUCUUCCACUGUGACUCCAAAUGCUAUAGCAGUUCUACCCACACCCAAGCCUCAAGUGUGUAAAACCGACCAAAAUUCUGGUUGCGAGGGAUGGGCGGCAAUUGGUGAGUGUGAAAAGAACCCGCUGUGGAUGAUACCGAAUUGUUGCGUCAGCUGCCGGCAUCAUCAGGCACCAAAAGACUGCACUGAUGCAAGCCCAAGCUGCUCAAGGUGGGCUUACGCUGGAGAAUGUGAAAACAACAGAUUAUGGAUGCUUAAAAACUGCAGAAAAAGCUGCAAUCAAUGUGGAGAUUGCACAGAUUCUGACCCAAGAUGUCCAUCGUGGGCUUUAUCAAACCAAUGCAACUCAGGUGAAAAGAUACACGAAAAAUGUCGGAGAAGCUGUGGUUUAUGCAAAGUCUACGACAGACAUAACGAAUGUCCAGCUUGGUCUGCGAUGGACGAAUGUAAAAAAUCCAACUGGACUUGGAUGGUGGAUCAUUGUCCACGAAGCUGUGAUGUUCCAUUUUCAGAAGCCUCGUUUUGCGGAGGAAAAGAAAACGGUAAUUACCAGGCCCCCACCACGUGCCAAGCAUUCAUAGCUUGUUCGAAUGGCGUUACAAGUCACGUGAAAUGUCCCGCAGGAAAGAAAUUUGACACAGUUAGAAGGAUAUGCGUACUAGUUGAUCAAGCCGCUUGUACAGUGGUCUUUCCAAGUAAAAAGUCGAAGCCAUUUAUGAUAAUGACGCUGUAAAGAAGAACAGAGCUGAACUUCGUUGUUGCCUGUCAAACACGACUUGCACCCGACUAUAUAUACGCGUUGAAACCUUUUUGCGUCGCUAGGGAAGUGAUGACUAGGCUCCAAGUGGAAAACUAAACCCGCGGUCUAACAAUAAUCGUAAUAACCACAAAGUUCUAACGUAAAGUUCAGCUAAUUAUAAAGAGGGGCUCUGUAUUUUUCCUUUUUGCUUUAGAAUUUUGAGUUUAAAUAGUAAUCAAAACUUAGAGGUGUGGCUUUAGAAGAAGUGUUAUAGUGUAGCGGUCGAGACACUCGUCAGAGAUAUUCCGCAAUAUCCAAACCUGGGUUAACCAGCAAGCCGAAGGCAGAUGUAUGAAACUUACUUGAUUUGAUUCUUGCUACUCACUUUGUAAAACUGUUCGGUUUGGUGAUUAUGCAAGCGAAGCUUAUGCAGUGGAAAGGUCCAUUUAACCAGGGGAAGAUGAGAACCUCAAUGGGGAAGCUCUCACUAAGAAACAUAAGAGGAAAAGACAUUUCAAAAAGUUGGUGCCUGUGAGCGGAUAAAAAAAACUCUUCUAAAAA